UUCGCCAGUUUGCUGCUUGGGACGUGGUCUGCGCGGUUGGUGAACAGCGUUGCCGUUUUGCUGUCACGUACCUUCCCUGAGCCUGGGACUGAGGGGGCGCGCGCGUGUGCGUGUGUUGUGUGAGGGACAGCGGGACUCGGGCAGGGCCGUUCCCUGCUCCCCUUUCCCUUAGCGGAGGCGGCCGUGCGCACGCUUGUCUGCUCGCCUCUCACUUGGGAGCGGGCUCGGGGUGCGGAGUGCGUCUUCCUAUUUUUUGAUUUUGGAACUUGUGAGAGUCUUUUUUCCCCACCCUCUUAAUUUUUUUUUUUCUUUUGGCGUGGUGCUUCGAGGGCUGGUUUCCCCAGCCCCUGAAUAACCGCUUCCUGACCCCGGUCGCCAGUCCUGCCCCAGGUUGCCCCCUCCCGGCUCUGCCCCUGGCCCCCGAGGGUGGGAAGCCUUGCCUAGCGGGUCUCUGAAGCGUAGCCGCACCUGCCUCAAUAUGCAUGGGGUCAACGACCCUCCUCUUUUUAUAAAAGACAUUAAGGCCGGCCUGAAAAACUUAAAUGUCGUCUUUAUUGUCCUGGAGAUAGGACGAGUGACCAAAACCAAAGACGGCCAUGAAGUGAGAUCCUGCAAAGUAGCUGAUAGAACGGGAAGCAUCACUAUUUCUGUAUGGGAUGAGAUCGGAGGGCUCAUACAGACAGGGGAUAUUAUUCGGUUGACCAGAGGAUAUGCAUCAAUGUGGAAAGGAUGCUUGACACUUUAUACUGGAAGAGGCGGUGAACUUCAAAAAAUUGGAGAAUUUUGUAUGGUGUAUUCAGAAGUGCCAAAUUUCAGUGAGCCAAACCCAGAUUAUAGAGGACAGCAGAACAGAGGGGUGCAAAAUGAACAGAAGGAUAAAAUGAGCGCCAAUACAUUCGGGCCAGUGGGAAAUGGUGAUCAGACUGGUCCUGAAUCUAGGGGAUAUCAUCCAUAUGGCAGAAGCAAUGGUCCGGGACCUAUCAGUCCACAGCUGCCAGGAGCAUCUAGUAGUCAAACAGUCAGGACCACAAUAAGUAAUGCCAGAGAUCCGAGGAGAGCCUUUAAAAGAUGACCUAAGCCAAAGAGACACAUGUAGUUUUUUAAACUACGUGACCUACUUGAACACUUAGUGCACUUUUAUUUAUUCUUAACUGUGAAAACUUUGUCUCUUACGGGUUUCCUUUUAUAUUUUUGGUUUGUUAAAAAGAGUAGUUGGUUUUUACUGAAAAAAAACUUAUACUGCUCAGUUACAUCCUAUUGAAGAAUAGGAACUCUGAAAGCAGGAACAUUUAUUUUUAGAGCAAGAACUUACUGGGUAUCACUUGAAAAUCUGUCCCUGUUUCGAGGGUGAGUUACUUAAGGCACCAGCUUAUAUAUAGCCUCUAUGAGUCUGGCUUCUGCAUAAACUUUGUAAUGUUUGUCAUAAUGUUUAAUGGAAAAUGUUCUUUUGUCUUAAACUUGGAUAUUGCCACCUGAAGCAAUAACCACCCCAAGCCAGAAACUUGGUCAGUGUUGACAUUUUUUUUUAAAGUAUUUGUGAUCCAGGAAUGACUUGAAUUCCUAGAGUUACUGCCUGCCAUUAAGAUUUUUUUCAAGGACAGAAUCAUCCUAAACUCUUGUUUAAUGACCAGAUAACCAAAUUCUUUAUCAGAAUUAUGGAAUAAAAUAUGUAAUGUAACAAGUAAAUUUUAGAAGAAAACUGUUUAAGAUAAUGCUCUUAACAUUCGUUGCAAACACUGAAGAUUACAUUGAAGAAAAAUUUACAACUGAGUCCCUGAAUGUUUUAUUUUUGAAGUUAGCAUGUUAAAUGUUGACGUGUAAUUGGAGGGAUUGAAGGGAGCUCUAACACCUUAUUGGUCUCAUUGAUACUAGUUGUAAUACUUUUGAGACAGGGUCUUUCUAUGCAGCCCUGGCUGGGUUAGAACUUGUUAUAUAUUAUCAGGUGGGUCUCUGAACUAUAUUGGCCUGCCUCUCUCUUCCUGGUGCUGGGAUUAAAGUUGUGCAGCCUCAUACAAGGCUAAUGUGAUUAUUUAAAAAAAAAAAAAGAAUACUCAUGGUAGUUAUUGUAGCAAAUACAAAUCCAAUUGAAUUCAUAUAGACAUGUAACUACCGGUUCUAAGUAGUCAGGUAGAAGUAGACAUUCCCUGUCUUCCAGGGGUGUGUGUGUUUAAAGUUUCUGAACAAGUCACCAUAGCCUUACUAGAUGGCUCAAGAAGUGAUUAUACCUUUGUUAAGGUGGGAUAUUUGUGAUGGGACUUCACUUAUGGUGGGUAAUUGGUAAUUUUUUUCAUUGUUAAUAUUUGUCUCUCUUUAAAGAUUGUCUCGAGUAAAACUUGCUCUAAUGAUACCUACUUUUUUUUUUUUUUUAAUUCUU